AUGCAGCACAACGCUCUCGACCUGUGCCUGGACCUCGCGCUCGGCAGCCUCGCCGUGACCACCGUGGUCCACAACAGUGUCGACCCGGCGCCGUCGAACGCGUGCGUGGCCGCGCUGAAGCGGGCGCAGGCGCACCAGCACAGGGGCAGGAGCGCGGCCGAGGUCGAGCUCGAGAAGCUCGUCGUCUCCAUCCUCGACGACCCGAGCGUCGACCGCGUCAUGCGCGCGGCCGGCUUCUCGAGCUCCCAGAUCAGGGCCAGCGUCGAGAGCGCUCUCACUUCGUCGAAGAGAUCAAGAUCAAGUAAGGCAGGUUGCGACAUCCUCGCGACAUGUCCAGCUCCGGUUCAGGACAUGAUUAGGGCUGGACAAGGCAGAAGGAAUCAGGAACUUUGCCGUCUUGAGUGCCAAGCUAGCAAUGCAAAAACAGGAGCAGGAGGGCGACCGGCCAUCUUUGGCGCAUCGACGGCGAGCAUUCCUCCGUGGCUCCGCCGCUACAAAGAUACAACUUGCGUCAGGUCAACAUACUGCGGCGCCAGUCUUCAGUCAUGCAUGCAGGCUGCUUGCCGCCGGCCGAAGUUCACGGAGCUCACCGCGACAAAUCUCAAUAUCCUCUGCAACGCGCUCCAGCUGCGCGUUCCGCGUCACGGGAACAUCAUCCCCGGCAUAUCGUGCACGGUGCUCCGGUGCAGAUCCGGCGUGACGAGGACUAUUCCUAGCUCGCUGUCCUCGACGAAAGCGACCUGCCUGCUCUUCCUAGGAGGGGACUAUGGCGGCAAGGUGGCAGUCGCUCAGGAGCUCGCGAGGCUCCUGUUUGGCUCAUACGCCGAGUUCACCACCGUCCAGCUGCAGAGUAGCCCUAACAUUCGCACACACAACGGCAAGCUAGCCCUCAAGAGGCAGAGAUCCCCGCACAAUGACGGCGACCUCGAAGAGAGGCUGUUUGAAGCGGUCGUGGAGAACCCUCACCGCGUUAUAUUGAUGGACGGCGUCGACCUCCAGGAUCGCGAUUCGGAGAUGCACAUCAUGGGGGGAGGAAUGGUGAGGGGAUGCAACGGUGGUGUGGUCAACCUGGAGGAUGCCAUCAUAGUGCUGAGCGCCUCUGACGUCUUGGACUCGAGGAGGUACGUGGCUUCACCUUCCUCCCCACGGGUGAAACGGCGGUUUGGUGGACAGAAGAACCGUGAGAAAGGUGAUGAUGGCACGGAGAUGAAGCGUCGUCAUGGCUGCGAUUUGAGUGUUUGUGCAGUGGUUGAGGAAGAGGAGGAGGAAGAUAGUUUGGCUGAUGACGACGAGGGGAUCCAGAAUGGUGUGGAUGGCGUUUUCCUUUUCAAUUAG